GUUUUGAAACUCAGCUCCUUCAGAUCCUCUCAAUAUGCAUCCAUUCUCAACUGGGCUGUUCUGCGGUAUGGGUUACACGUAAUGGAGAUAAUUAACUUAGUAGCCUAAACUCUUGAAAUCGGAGAGUGCAGUGUAUGAAUGUAUUUCUGCAUGGUAAUAAUGCUCUGUUAUUAGUAAGCAGCCCGGCUUGGGGUGAGACGGGGACUCGAGCUGGUGCGUGCGCGCGCGCCAGAGAGAGAGAAACAGCAGAAACACCCAUCAACACAUCCGGAUCUGACACGAUGAAGACUGAGCAACUUCAGCAGUUGUGGAGGAGCUGCAAGAGCUCGAGUCAGUCUGAGGCUGGGGGAAAACCGUAAAGCCAUGCGGAGAAAGGAAGAAAAGUAACUGCAAAUGCAGUGAAGCACAAUUUACGCGUACAGAGCUGAGAAUGAACAGCACAGAUUCAGUGGGCUUUAAACGGAGCUCAGCCAUGAUGAACACCAUGACCCGGUAAUCUGUGAUUCUGUGGAGUGUACAGCCCACACAUCCAUGUGGCAGAGAUGUACCAAGAGGUCGCUUUCCUAGCAGGCAGCACCGAUCAUCAGUUUACCUCCUUCCACUUUAACCCUUUGGAAAACAAGCAUGAAAUCAGCAGUAAAAAGGGAGUGUUUUACAAGCGCGCACAAGUGCAACGCAAGGCCACAGCACAGGAGGACGAAGUUCACAGAAAUCGAGGAGCUGGAGCAGACGAGGGUUCUUUAUUUGACCGUACUGCCAUCAUCAACGUAGGUGGCAUUCGUUAUCGCAUACCGUGGUCCACUCUUGAGGAGUUCCCAUUGACACGUCUUGGGAGGUUGCAUAACUGCAACAAUGCCGAGGAAAUCCUGGACUUGUGCGAUGACUAUGAUGCUCGCUGCAACGAGUUCUUCUUCGACCGAAGCCCCAGCGCCUUCCGGUCCAUUGUCACGUUCCUGGCAGCCGGGAAGCUUCGGCUCCUGCGGGAGAUGUGCGCACUGUCCUUUCAGGAGGAGCUGUCGUAUUGGGGUGUGGAGGAGGCCAGUUUGGAGUGGUGUUGUUUGAGAAAGCUCCGUCUGCGGCAGGAGGAGCAGCGGGAGAGACUACGGCUAGAGGAGGAGGAGGCCGAGUUGACUUCUCCCCAUUCUUGUGAGGAGGCGCCAGCAGUUGGGAGCCCAGAGGAGGGUCGUUUGUCGGGCUGCAUGCACAGCCUAAGAGAUAUGGUGGAGAAUCCUCACUCUGGUAUUCCUGGGAAGAUAUUCGCAUGCCUCUCUGUGGUGUUUGUGGCCAUUACUGCGGUUACACUGUGUGUCAGCACCAUGCCUGACCUAAGGGAGGAGGAGGAGAGGGGCGAGUGCUCCCAGAGGUGCUACAACAUCUUUGUGCUGGAAACAGUGUGUGUGGGCUGGUUCUCCCUGGAGUUCCUGCUCCGCUUCAUCCAGACGCAAAGCAAGUGCACCUUCCUGCGCACACCCCUGAACAUCAUUGACGUGGUGGCCAUCCUGCCCUAUUACAUCACUCUAAUAGUGGACUCGAUGUCUGUGGGUGACCGUCCUGCCGGCUCUGGAAACAACUACCUGGAGAAAGUGGGACUGGUCCUGCGAGUUCUUCGAGCGUUGCGGAUUUUCUACGUCAUGCGUUUGGCACGUCAUUCUUUGGGACUGCAGACACUUGGGUUGACGGUUCGCCGCUGCACUCGAGAGUUCGGACUCCUCCUGCUGUUCUUGUGUGUGGCCAUGGCCCUGUUUUCUCCAUUGGUCUUUCUGGCCGAGAGUGAGCUGGGUGCCAAACAGGAGUUUACCAGCAUCCCUGGGAGCUACUGGUGGGCUGUCAUCUCAAUGACGACGGUGGGAUACGGUGAUAUGGUUCCGCGCAGUAUUCCUGGCCAGGUGGUGGCGCUCAGCAGUAUUUUGAGUGGAAUCCUGCUCAUGGCGUUCCCAGUCACAUCCAUAUUUCACACAUUUUCACGCUCCUACCUGGAGCUUAAAGAGGAACAAAAUCGGGCCACAAGACACAAGCCUGAUUCGCAGGACAGCACAAAGUCCCAAAACAGUGAGGAUUCACAGGACACUGACAGUUCUAUACAUGGGAUCACGGAGACCACCGCAGUCAGUGCACUCCACCGCAGAUCUGUGGCUGUGGCAAGUCAAGGAGCGCCACAGCUGCGGAGAUCACUGAAGUCAUAACGCAAACAGCUGACUGUAAGACUGAAGGAAAAAAUGUGAGGCCAUAUUUAGUACCUGUAUGAUCAGGUGACUUGACAAUUAUUGAUAACAGGACCAGGAGAAUUACAAGGAAAUGUUUGUAUGUCCAAAGCACAAUCAUUUAAGGUGUUGGUUUUUACCUGAAAGGAAUAUUCUGUCAUUUACUCACCCUCAUGUUGUUCUUGAUGACUAGGGCCAGACAGAAUCUGCUCACUUUUUUUGCUAUUUCUGCACAGAAUUUUUGU